AUGUCAUUCACGAAGCAGCGAGUUGAGUUCAAAACUCAGGAUGGAACAACCCUUCGCGGGAACUUGACAUUGCCGGGUGUAUCAAAAGCACCAGCUGUUAUCAUGAUCACGGGGGGAUCGAGCGACGGACUACCUCGACAGCAUGUAAACCUCUUCCAGCAAGCCGAAGACUUGUCAGAUGCCAUCUCAUAUAUGGCUGGCAGAUCGGACAUAGACGGCGAUAGGAUUGCAAUUUGGGGGAUUGGUCACGGCGGAGGAGUUGUCAUACAAACAGGCGCGUAUGACAAGCGCGCGAAGGCGGUUAUGGUGAUAUCUCCAUUCUUCUCUGGGGAGGUUGAUAUGCUCAGAUUUCCGCCAACGGCUUACCAAGACGCAUGGGAGGAGCGUGCCGCGCGGAUUGCAAAUCCCGGGAUUGAGCAUAAAUAUGUGCCAAUCUUUGCGGAGUCGAUGGAAAUGGCUGAGAAGAGCCCGCUGGAUAGAAUCAUUGGGAAUCCUCAGGGGUUCUUCUUAUGGAAAACGUCCAAGCCAUUGUCAGAUGCUGCAGGAACGCCAUGGGAAAACAAGCUGACGCUUGAGAGCUUGUAUUGGCAGAGCAAAUUUGAACCGACUGCAUCGAUACACCGCAUUUCUCCUCGCCCGAUUUACUGGGUUGCGACGGAUGCUCCGCUGCUGCCAAAUUACCAGGACCAAGUUCGAGCUUAUGAGAAAGCGUUUCAGCCGAAGCAAUUUCGCGGUUUCCGUAGCUUAGAGGAGUCUGUUGUUGGUCCGGCACACGAAAAGAACUUGGAGGAGCAGGCCGACUUUUUGAAGAAGUGGGUAUAA